AAGCGGAGGAUCGACAAUAGAAAGAGGGCACUGUCAUUCUUGUUGAGUCGAAGAAAGACAUAAACCCCUUUUGGUGUGUGCUCAAAACUAAGCUUCAACUGUAUUGGAAUCAAAGAAGGAAUGUCAUCAUCCUAUUUAAGUAUGGGAGAAGCUCACAGACGAAUCACUGACUUCCUUAACCGCUUCUCCGACGCUGUUUCAUCUCAAGACGCCAACUCUCUAUGCCUUAUCUUCUCUAUCUCUUCAAACUCAUCUUUUCUCCUUUCUCUAUCAGAUGCCCUCAUCACCUUCCAGGAUGCUAGCAGAGUAAUAGGACAAGCUGAUAGAUACUCUCAGUAUGCAGAUGUACUACUCCCUCUAUUUCGUGCCUUACAAAGUUAUCGACUCAAAAACUUGGUUGAAUCUUACCAGGCAUUUGAAAAAGCUGCCAAUGCAUUUACUCAAGAGUUCCGCAACUGGGAAUCAGCUUGGGCUUUGGAAGCUCUUUAUGUCAUUGCCUAUGAAACUAGAAUUCUAGCGGAAAGGGCAGAUAGAGAGUUGGCUUCUAAUGGAAAAACACCUGAAAAGUUGAAAGGUGCUGGCUCAUUUCUGAUGAAAGUGUUUGGAGUCCUUGCUGGAAAAGGAUCAAAACGUGUUGGAGCUUUGUAUGUGACUUGCCAGCUUUUCAAGAUUUAUUUCAAGCUCGGAACAGUUCACUUGUGUAAAAGUGUUACAAGAAGCAUUGAAACUGCCCGCAUUUUUGAUUUUGAGGAGUUUCCUCUUAGGGAUAAGGUUACUUACAUGUAUUAUACUGGACGGUUGGAGGUGUACAAUGAAAAUUUUUCUUCUGCUGAUCAUAAGCUAUCAUAUGCUCUAAGCCAUUGCAAUCCUCGGAAAGAAAGAAAUAUAAGGAUGAUACUAAAAUAUCUGAUACCUGUGAAGCUCUCAAUCGGCAUCUUACCUAAAACUUUGCUUUUGGAGAAGUACAAUUUGACUGAGUACAACAACAUUGUGCUUGCUCUUAGAAGGGGGGAUCUACGACUUCUUCAACAUGCUCUGCAGGAACAUGAAGACCAGUUCUUAAGAUCUGGCGUUUAUCUUGUCCUGGAGAAGCUAGAGCUCCAAGUUUACCAGAGGUUACUAAAGAAGAUCUAUAUUAUCCAGAAGCAGAAAGAUCAGAAUAAAGCUCACCAAAUCAAGUUAGACUUAAUUGUUAGAGCUCUAAAAUGGCUUGAAAUUGAUAUGGAUGUUGAAGAGGUGGAGUGCAUCAUGUCCAUUUUGAUAUAUAAGAACCUGGUCAAAGGUUACUUUGCUCACAAAAGCAAAGUUGUAGUUUUAAGCAAGCAAGACCCUUUCCCCAGAUUGACAGGCAAAGCAGUUAACUCAUAAGAAUGAGGCUGGACCACAGUAUCUGUACAACUAUGUUCUUAAUGGACUGGCAGAUAACCGAUCUGGGUAAUGAUGCUGUAGCUGGCUCCCCAUGGUUAUGUUCAGCUCUCUCCAGUUGCAUGAUGCUGUGACACAAGUAUGAUGAUAGCGGGGACUGCUUCUACCUGAUUGAUACUGAACUCUGAUUGGCAAAAUGGAUGUAAUGCAAUUUUACUGUUUAUUUAUUUUGACAACAAAGUUCAGUGGUGACUCCCCAUGGGAAUGACGCUGUAGCUGGCUCCCCAGAUUGAUUUAGACAAUCUGGACGUUGGUUAUUGUACUAGACGUACUAGAGUGAGUGUAUGCUGUGUGGGAAGACUACUUCAACUAACAAUCAUUUUUGUUGAUCCAAAGUGUAGGGUGAGCUUGUCUGCUAGGUGUCCUAACCCAUGAUAUUGCAAUAAUAAACGCUCAUCUGGUUUCACAUA